AUGGAUAUCGCUUUGGAGCUCACCGAUACUUAUUUCUUCGAUUACUUCUAUUCAGCUAUACUACCUGCGAAGACGAUACUGUUGGAUGCAAUUGGAGAACAACUUAAUGGUACAACGUUCGAUGCGAAAACUGCUUCAACAUGGCAAUACCACCCUUCAAAUUCUUUCAUUCAAUUCGAACCUACCGAGGCGGCAUACACGAGUCAAUUGAAUAGAGACAAUAUCUAUCGACAGGCUUUCUCAUUGUUCUUGCUCACUUGGAUCGCAGGUGCAGUCAUCUACUUUACAAUUUCCACCCUCUCCUACGUCUUCGUGUUCGACAAGACUACCUUUAAACAUCCUAAAUUCCUUAAAAAUCAAAUUCGCCAGGAAAUCUCCCAAUCAUGCAACAGCAUGCCCCUCAUGUCCAUCCUCACUACACCCUUCUUCCUCGCCGAAGUAAUGGGUUACUCGAAGCUAUACGAUCUUACAUCGGAAGGACCUGGUGUUUGGUACAAUUGGUUACAAUUCCCACUCUUCCUCAUUUUUACCGAUUGUUUGGUCUACUUCAUCCAUCGCGGUCUUCACCACCCCUACCUUUACAAAGCUCUCCACAAACCCCAUCACAAAUGGAUCAUGCCAUCCCCUUACGCCUCAAUCGCUUUCCACCCUGUCGAUGGUUGGAUGCAAUCCCUCCCUUAUCAUAUCUUCCCCUUCAUCUUCCCGCUUCAAAAAUACGCAUAUCUAGGCCUCUUCUUCUUCGUUCAAGUCUGGACCGUCUUCAUUCAUGAUGGUGAAUAUGUAGCGAAUUCCCCAAUCCUGAAUGGAGCCGCUUGUCAUACGAUGCAUCAUCUCUAUUUUAACUACAAUUAUGGACAAUACACAACGUUAUGGGAUCGUCUAGGAGGUAGUUAUAGAAAACCUAACGAGGAACUUUUCAGAAGGGAAAGUAAGAUGGGUCAGAAGGAAUGGGAGAGACAGGUUGCGGAAAUGGAGAAACAAGUAUUGGAAGCGGAGGGAGAGGAUGAUAGAGUUUAUGAUACUGAGGAUAAGAAGACGAAUUAG